UCUGAUUUGAACCUGACCUUUUUCACUGCUGAGUGUUCCUAGAAGCACUCAAGCAAUUAAGCAACUUCAGCCUGACAGAAGAUGACUCGUGUGCUUCAGAAAUAUUUUUAUGGCUGUGCUUGGGUCAUUAAUACAGUAGUUUAACAGUAUUAAUAUGAGGCAUUGCAUUAAUUGCUGCAUACAUUUAUUACCAAAUGACUUGCACAGAAAGUGUUUCAGAUGCCGUGGUCCUAACCACAGUAACCAGAAGUGUCCUCUUUGCAAAGGAGAAAAUAAGGUUGCUUCGUACCAGGACAGCAAGCAGAUGAAGUUGUUUGCAGUGUUGGAAGUAAGGACUGAUCACAGUGAAAGCUGGAACGGACUUUUCUGCCUGAAGAAGGGGAAACUAUGCAGCUUGAUAUUUGGACUGAUUAUAAUGACUCUAGUGAUGGCAUCCUACGUACUGACUGGAGCCAAGCAUGGGCUGCUGUUGCUACCGUCGCCGUUCCAUUACGGAGCUUUUACCAGCAAUCCGAGCUUAAUGGACAAUGAAAGCCUCAGUGAUAUGAAAGACCAUUACCAGCCUUCCAAAAUUAACGUUUCAUAUGUAAAGGAUUAUCCAAGCAUUAAAUUAAUUAUUGACACUAUUGCCUCAAAGAUAGAGUUUAUAACGAGACAGCGCCCUGAUUUAGAAGAGCUGAGGAAACAGGAGCCCCAUAUGUUUUCAGUAAUUCCUAAUAAAUUCCUUCCAAAUAGCAAGAAUCCGUGCUGGUAUGAAGAGUACCGAGGAAACACAACCACAGAUCCGUACACAACAAACUCGUAUGCACUGUACUCCAAGCGCUUUCGCACCAUCUUUGAUUACCUCAGGAAGGUAUUUUGGAACCACUUGUAUCACUAUAAGGACAAACACUAUCGGCUGCGUUGCCUUCCCCAUUUCUACAUUAUUGGCCAACCCAAGUGUGGGACAACGGACCUUUAUGACCGGCUCCGGUUGCACCCUGAUGUUCGCUUCUCGGCCAUCAAGGAACCUCACUGGUGGACCAGAAAGCGCUUUGGAAUCAUUCGUCUGAGGGACGGAUUUCACGAUCGCUACCCGGUAGAAGAUUACCUCGAUCUGUUUGACUUGGCAGCGCAUCAGAUUCAGGGGGUGCUGCAGAGCCAAGCAGCAAAAGAAAGUGGCAAGACGAGCAGAAUCGUUAUUGGGGAGGCCAGUGCCUCAACAAUGUGGGACAACAAUGCUUGGAUUUUCUUUUAUGACAACAGUACAAAUGGAGAGCCUCCAUUCUUAAUCCAGGAUUUUAUCCAUGCCUUCCAACCAAAUGCCAAACUUAUCAUCAUGCUGAGAGAUCCUGUUGAAAGAUUGUACUCCGAUUAUCUGUACUUUGCAAGUGCUAAUAAAUCCGCAGAAGAUUUUCAUGAAAAAGUGGCAGAAUCGCUGCAGCUGUUUGAAAAUUGCCUGCUGGAUUACUCACUGCGAGCCUGUGUCUACAACAACACGCUGAACAACGCCAUGCCCGUGAGGUUGCAGGUUGGUCUUUAUGUUGUGUAUCUUCUGGACUGGCUAACUGUUUUUGACAAGGACCAGAUAUUAGUUCUUCGCUUGGAGGAUCAUGCCUCAAAUGUGAAAUACACCAUGCACAUGGUGUUCCAGUUUCUGGAUCUAGGACCUCUAAGUGAGAAACAAGAAGCCCUGAUUACCAAGAGCCCUGCAUCAAACACUCGACGACCUGAAGACCGAAGUCUGGGACCUAUGCUACCAACAACAAAGGCGAUUUUAAGAGAUUUCUAUAGGCCUUUUAAUACAAAACUGGCACAAGUUCUUUUUGAUGACGCUUUUUUAUGGAAGAGGACAUAAUAUGUAAAUUUAGUG